AUGGGACAGAGUGCAUCAAGCCCCCAGGCGAAAUGCCUCCUCUCAGCUGUUGGUGGAAACGCAGAUCUUGUCGCCUUUCCUACCAAACCAUUAUAUCAGCUUCUUGACGUGCAUCCUUACAACCUCGAUAUCACAGUUACGCCUAUCGCCGUUACAUAUCCCCAGACUGCCGAUCAAGUCGCAGCGAUCGUAGCAUGUGUUACAUCGGAUUUCAAAGUUCAGGCUAGAGGUGGAGGCCAUAACUAUGCUAACUAUGCACUUGGUGGAGGAGAUACGAACACAGUGGUCGUGGACCUGAAGAGUUUUCAAGACUUCAGUAUGGACACAAACUCCUGGCAAGCAACAAUUGGAGCAGGCACUAAGCUUGGAGAUGUUACCAGCAGACUCCUGUCAGCUGGAAAUCGUGCUAUCGCACAUGGCACAUGCCCGGAUGUUGGAAUCGGAGGCCAUGCAACCAUGGGAGGUCUUGGACCUAUGUCUCGCAUGUGGGGAUCCGCCAUGGACCAUGUUGUUGAAGUGGAAGUCGUUCUUGCCAAUGCCACCGUUAUCACCGCUUCACCUACCCAAAACCACGACGUCUUCUGGGCAAUCAAAGGAGCUGGAUCAUCUUUUGGAAUCGUGACAAACUUCAAAGUUGAGACUCACCCUGCGCCUGGGGUCGCCGUUCAGUACACGUACACCUUCAGUGGCCGGCCAUAUGCAAAUCUCACAAGCCGCUUCAAGGCAUGGCAGACUUUGAUUUCCGACCCGAAAUUAAGCAGGAACCUGGCUAGCCAAGUCACGCUUUCUGAGCUUGGCAUGGAAAUCUCGGGAACGUUUUUUGGAACUAAAGAAGAGUUUGACUCCCUCGGCCUCGAGUCCGUCUUUCCGAGCCAUAGUAACUCCACGGUUCUCGUAUUCAACGACUGGGCGGGCCUUGUCGGCAACUGGGCUGAGAAUGUUGGACUCACCAUUGGUGGUGUUAUUCCGUCAGCAUUCUACUCGAAGAAUCUGGCUUUCACAAAAGAUAAUCUUAUUCCUGACGCCACAGUGGACAGGUUCUUCCAAAAUCUGGAUACCGUCAAUAAAGGAACGCUCAUCUGGUUCGCGAUCUUUGAUCUCGAAGGUGGAGCAACCAACGACCCUGCCGCGAAUGCAACAGCUUACGGCCACCGCGAUGCCCUCUUCUACUUUCAGACUUAUGGUGUGGAUAUCUUGAAAGUCACUGAUAAGACUCGGGCAUUUAUUACAGAAAUGAAUGAUAUCAUUGCUGCGGCGUAUCCGCCGAACACUUUGGGUUCUUAUGCUGGCUAUGUUGAUCCUGAGCUGGCGAAUCCACAACAGGCGUACUAUAGGUCGAACUUGCCGAGGCUAGAGCAGUUGAAGGGAAUCAUUGAUCCGCAGGAUGUCUUUCACAACCCGGAAAGCAUCAAAGCAUCAUCUUAG